GGGUUUCGACGGGUGCCGGGAGGGGCCAUGUGCCUAUCCUCAUAUAAACGCGAGGCGCUGCUGUGUCUCAUGCUGUACCGGCUUCCCUGGAGACUGCAUCCUCGGACUUCUGCUUUCUUCUUUCGUUCCCCUUCCCAAAGGAGUAGCCUUCCCUUCACCCCACACCUUGGAGUAGUGUGUGAACUUCUUGCCUAAGAACUGGGAAGGCUAACUAGUUUGAAAAUGGAAAACCAAGAACCAGUGGAUUCUUCUCGAAAAACCAAACAGUUUAUUAUUUCAGAGGAGUUAAUUGCAGAAGGAAAAUGGGUCAAGUUUGAAAAAACAACUUACAUGGAUCCUACUGGUAAAACAAGAACUUGGGAAACUGUGAAACGUACAACCAGGAAAGGACAGUCAGCUGAUGGUGUGACAAUUAUCCCAGUGCUGCAAAGAACUCUUCAUUAUGAAUGUAUCGUUCUGGUCAAACAGUUCCGCCCACCCAUGGGAAGCUACUGCCUGGAAUUCCCUGCCGGUCUCAUAGAUGACAACGAAAGCCCAGAAGCAGCUGCUCUGCGAGAGCUGGAGGAAGAAACUGGCUAUAAAGGUGAUGUUGCUGAAUGUUCUCCAGCUAUAUGUAUGGAUCCAGGUUUGUCAAAUUGUACCACACACAUUGUGACAGUAACUAUUAAUGGAGAUGAGGCUGAAAAUGUAAGACCUAAGCCAAAGCCAGGAGAUGGAGAAUUUGUGGAAGUAAUUUCCUUACCAAAGAAUGACCUGAUGAAGAGACUUGAAGCUCUGGUAGCUGAAGAACAUCUGACGGUGGAUGCUAGGGUCUAUUCCUAUGCUCUGGCGCUGAAACAUGCCAACACAAAGCCAUUUGAAGUGCCCUUCCUGAAAUUUUAAGGCUAGAGGAAAGUGUCCAUGUUUUUGUAAAUGAGGCCACAAGGCUGCCUUCACUAAGACUCUGUAUUCAGCUAAGUUUAAUGGAGAUUUGAAAUUACCUUUUUCAUAUAAUAAAAACAACAAAGAAUGCA